ACUAUCUCUUCAGAAGCAAAGUACCUGACCAGUAGGUCAAGACUACCAAGCGUCAACAAGGUAAUAGACGGGGCCUAUAAAACGAUUCUUACUACUGAGAUCGACCGACCAGCCUUGCAUAUUGCGAUACCGUUCUCUCUUGUGAACGCGUACAUCUUAGGAAAUGGCUAAAAAGCGACCUGCUUCGUCGGAUAUGCACUACGACCAGCUCAUAAAAAAAGCAAAAAUUCUGAACACGAAUCAAGGCCGGAUCCUCGAUGAGGACGAAAUCCCUGACACUCCGUCCUCCCCACUGUCUCCCAGCGAGACCAACGAUAGUUCUGCCGACACGGAAGCCCUGUCCGAAUCCUCCCGUACGGGCCCAGCCACACCGUCUCCUUAUACCGUCGAGUUCUUUGCGGAUAUGGCCAAUACCAUUGCGAAUCUCUUUCCUUUUCAAGCGUUUGCCGAAGCUCAUGGCUGCACGGUCGGUGACGUUUCGCAAGCGAUCAGUGCUAUGGUUGUUGCUCCCCUUUCCGAUCCAUCCUUCAUCUGGCAUAGUGAUAAUGAGAUCUCGAUCGCCGAAUAUGGACAAGGCAUGAUCAGUGCUUGGAACGAGCAUUACGAGCGCAAGCUUCGAAAUGCUGAUACAACGAAGUCAAUUAUCGAUCUCACAACCCGGACCGGCUUUACAUGCUCUUCGGGAAUUGAAACACCCUCCGAAGAGGGGAGUGUCUUGUCAGCAAGUCUCGAUAAAGAACUUCCUGAAGAAACGUCGUCAGAAGAUGAAGUUGAGCCCCCGGAUAGCGAGGUACCGGGUCUACUAAAGAAGAGUUGCCUCAGCACACAGUCACAGAAAGCAGCGGGUCGACCGGCCAAGAGGGUGAGAUGGGCCCCUCCCCGCUCGCCGGUCGUUCGUGAGAAGGUGUACAAGGACGACUAUGGCAACUAUGUCCCGGUCCCGACACCAGAAGAGGUCCAGGAAAAGGAGCGCCAAAAAUUGCGAGAGGAAAUGCGGGCGAGCAAGGGGCUACUUGAACGGCCCGAACCAACAUACAAUGCAUUUGACCUAGAGGUCCUUUCAGGUUUUGACGAUCUAUCAUAUGUGGUGUAGCCUCAUCAUUUUGGACAUUGAUGACCCUAGAUCAUUCUUAUUCUUAUUCUUCUUUGUCUUUAUUGGUGUUUUUUUCUUUCUUCAUUUCCCUCGUUUAUUGUUGUUUGUCAAUAAGCGGGGACGGCGCCGUAGCGUCCGGAUUGACGUAGCUGCGGGCCUCUGGAUCUGCAGCACAUACGACCGAUGUCGGUUGAAGAAUGGGUUACAUUGUCCCCUUCAGGCGUUUAACUUGAAUUUUUUU